AUGUUUUCUGCUCAGAACAAGAUCCACAAGGAUAAGGGUGUGGCACCAACAGAGUUUGAAGAGACAGUUGCUCAGGCUUUCUUCGAUUUGGAGAACACCAACCAGGAGCUGAAGAGUGACUUGAAAGAUCUGUACAUUAACCAAGCAGUUCAUUUGGAUAUUUCUGGCAACCGUAAGGCUGUUGUGAUCUACGUUCCAAUUAGAUUGAGGAAAGCUUUCCGCAAGAUUCAUUCUCGUCUUGUCAGAGAGCUUGAGAAGAAGUUCAGUGGCAAAGAUGUUAUCUUUGUCGCCACCAGAAGAAUUGUGCGUCCCCCAAAGAAAGGCUCAGCUGUUCAGAGACCACGCAACAGAACUCUCACUUCUGUCCAUGAAUCAAUGCUCGAGGAUGUUGCUUACCCUGCUGAAAUUGUCUAUUUGGACGUGAAGGAGAAGAACAACACCGAGUACAAGCUUGAGUCGAUGGUUUGUGUGUACAGGAAACUUACUGGAAGAGAUGUAGUUUUCGAGUACCCAGUCGAAGCUUGA